GGAUAUACCCAAGCCUGUACGAUAUUCUUGAUCUAUGUACAACUUGUCUUUUUUUAAUUCUUACGUCUGCCCUUUUCUUAUAUUUGUUUUUUCCAUAUUAUAGGGUUCUUAUUACCUACUCCAUCAUCCGGUGUCGUGUCUCAUCUUUGUACGGCGGUGUGACCAGGUGAUCUUUCGCGGGGCAUAGUACGAACCAAUCGAAAUCCAUGGAUCUUGGCACUGUAGGUGGCGUUGUCGAAGCUCUAGUAGCAACCUACGCGGCGGGUUUAAAAUAUUACACGAAAUGGCAGCAGCGAAAAUGGCAGGGAAAUUAUUAUCAAUCCCACAGCAGAGGAAAUUCGAACAAUACUAGCUCUUGUGCUUUAAGUACAUCGUUGAGCUUUUCGAUCCGCAAGAUUAAGGAGACUUACGACAGCGGUGUGGAUAUUCUUGGCCGAAACUUCGCGACCGGGGAUAAAAUAUGUCGCGAUGCUCUCCAGAGUGAUCUCGAGCAUUUGCAAGGACGUAUACACGUACUCCUCGAAGCAUUGCGAGCUGACAACGCCCCACUUGAACUCCUUGAAGUAGUGCGUGUAUCAGAAAGUGUCCGAAUCAGCUGUCUAGCCGCCUUGGCCAGUCAAUAUAGACGAGUGGCCGUGGGUCGUCUUGUACCUCGAAUUCUACCUGGAUCUCAACGACAAUCAAGACUCAGCGCCAUCAUUUCUGAGGAAGAUACAACAAAACCGAUUGAUAAUCAUUGUGGUGCCGACGACGAAAUAACUGUCUAUACAGAACCCGUUUGUCAUGCUAUCAAUACGAACCAACCACCCUACUUGCCGUCAGAGCCACCAUCGCCCCCAUUAACCCCCAAACAAAUUCCCGAUGAUCUACAAUCAACUUGUACGUCUAUUACAUCCGGUUACGGGCCAAGACCUAAGAAUAGUGUAUUUAGUACGUUCUGUCCUGAAGGACUAAAAUAUCAAGUCAACCCGCGAAAGACAAUGUCUUGGCGCCGACAUUGUAGGUGCGGUUACGAGUGGAACGGGCCACAUACCGAAGACGAGUUUACCCUAAUAAUAAAAGAGGGUUUUCGGAUUACGGCGAGGUUUCUAGGCAAGUCACAUUGCGAAGGUGGUUUCGGGUGUGUUCUAUGCACCUCAAGCGGAAGGACAGAGACAUAUUCCAACGUCGAGGAACUAAAAGCCCACAUCAACUCGUCACAUACCAAGUGGCAACUACUCCACGAUCGAGACAUGACAGGUUACUAACCAAGAGUCAUCUCUCGACAUCAUUUCAUUUGCUCUUUUAUCAUAUAUUAUUCAAUGUUAGGCCCCGGAAAAUAUUGCGGAUGCUCUGGCGUUGGUCUCGGGUUAACGGCCUUUCUUAAAGAUACCCGGUUUAUGGGCGCUAUAUUGACUUUUCCAC